GCUGUGACUCUCGCUGGCGGCGGAGAGCGAGAGCUUGAACAGACCGAGGGUUGGAGAGAGGAGAGGAGCAGCCUGGGCCCCGCGGACCAAAAAUAAAUAAAUAAACAAAAACUAAACCCAAACGGAUUUACCUUCGCUUCGCUUUAUCCUACCAAUCCAAGUCUACAAAGAGAGCGUGCUUUCUGCGCGAUUUGAAGCCCGAUCUGUCAGGAGUUACAGCAAGUGGGACUCGAUGAAAGAUGACAGAGGAGGUGAUUGUUAUAGCCAAGUGGGACUACACAGCUCAGCAAGACCAGGAACUGGACAUCCGGAAGAACGAGCGGCUCUGGUUACUGGAUGAUUCCAAAACCUGGUGGAGAGUGCGCAACGCAUCCAACCGCACCGGCUACGUCCCCUCUAAUUACGUGGAGCGCAAAAACAGUCUGAAGAAAACCUCACUAGUGAAGAACCUGAAGGACACUCUCGGACUGGGCAAAACAAAAAGGAAGACCAGUGCUCGUGAUCCAUCUCCCACACCCAGCACAGAGGCAGAAUAUCCAUCCAAUGGCAGCGCAGGAGGUGGUGGAGGGGGCGGAGCUGAGCGAAUCUAUGACCUUAACAUUCCAGCAUUGGUGAAGUUCUCUUACGCCGCCGAGCGGGACGAUGAACUCAACCUCGUCAAAGGGGAGCGGGUGGUCGUCAUGGAGAAGUGCAGUGAUGGCUGGUGGAGGGGUAGUCAUGCUGGCCGCGUUGGCUGGUUCCCGUCUAACUAUGUCCAAGAGGAGGUGGGAUACGCAGACAACGAUGGAGUCUUCGGGGACACUGUGGGGGGGUUCCGGUCUUUGAAGGUGGGGCAAGGUGCAGCGAUGGCCAACGGCCGGCCGGGGGGAUCCGGGAGCUACGUUCUGCAUAUGGUCCAGACUCUGUACCCCUUCAGCUCAGUCACAGAGGAGGAACUAAACUUUGAGAAGGGUGAGACUAUGGAGGUUUUGGAAAAGCCCGAAAAUGACCCGGAGUGGUGGAGGUGUAAAAACAGCCGCGGAAUAGUAGGCCUUGUGCCUAAGAACUAUGUGGUAGUGCUCAACGACGGGCCGGUAGCGAAGGGCUUAGGGUCAAGUCAUGGCUCCCCUCACAUCAGUCACACGGUGCCCUCACGUAUAGGCAAAUUUGCUGGAAAGGACUGGUACUAUGGUAAUGUGACACGGCAGCAUGCAGAGUGUGCGCUUAAUGAGAGAGGAGUGGAAGGAGACUUUCUCAUACGAGACAGUGAGUCGUCGCCCAGUGAUUUCUCCAUUUCUCUGAAAGCUGUGGGAAAGAACAAGCACUUCAAGGUGCAGCAUCAGGAUGGGGUGUACUGCAUCGGUCAGCGGCGUUUUAGCAGUAUGGAUGAGCUUGUAGAGCACUACAAGAAAGCGCCCAUCUUUACCAGUGAGCAAGGAGACAAACUCUACCUUGUCAAGGCCCUUGGCUGAAUCUGACCUUUUUUUUCUUCAACAGACAUUACCUCUUUUCCUGUUUCCUGUUUUUUUUUUUUUUCUCUUCCUGCACACUCCUCGGACUUUACACGAACAUAGGAUGCUUUCCCAAGCAUUGACAUUUCAGAUCCCUACAUUGCCUCCACUCUUGUAGGGAGCAGUAGCAACUUUAAACAAAGAUGUCCGUCCUUGAUAACUGUGUCCAAAUUUGAAGGUUUAUAGGUAAAUAAUGUAAAGACAAUGCCGUUUUCAAAGCUGUUCUUCAGCUCUUCCUGCUUUCUUGCUGGUUAAUCCGCAACCUCAAGCCACAUUACAUUAGUUUACAUUCUUCUGCCCCAAAGAGAAUCGCAGUAUGUACAUUUGUAGCUCCUGUUCUGAAUGGAUUCAUCUGCGUGUCUUGAUUCAUGAAACUGACGGCCUGGAAAAGAACAAGGAGUGAUUUGGUUCCCAACGGAUUGGUCGUUUCCAUUCACAGAGGAGUUCGUCUGAAGAUCACCCAAACAUUUCAGUGUGUUUACACUGUCUUAAUCCGAACCCAAAGUAAUAUGUAGGAUAACAGUCAGAUUUCAUCCUGUAUUAAAUCGGUGCUGUCCCAUUCUCUGAGCCUUUAGACUGUUUUUUGCAUCUACAGUCCGUCCAGCAUUAAUGAAGUAAGUGUUUGGACUUACCUUCACAACUUUCCAGGUAUUUCUCUUGGAUCCGAGUCACUUCAGGGUUUCUUCAGAAUCAGGGUACUUCAUAAAGGGAGAUCAAUGCUGCAGAGACGGGGAUAAAGAGAGAGACUGUAGCUUGUAAAAGAGAGAGAGAAAGAGAGAGAGAGAGAGCAGUUUCAGAGUUUUGAAUGUGUGUCCUUUCAACCAAAUGUGCCACCCCACUUCCAGUUCUGCUACUAUUGAUGUCUUAUUGCACCUCACCAACUCUGCUCUCAGUAACACAUCGUUGAUUGUGAACACUAAUUCACGAGUAAUAAAAACAAAUGAUUUUAUUUCUUUACGUUAUGUUAGUUACUCUGUUUACCAAUAAGCGUGUUGGUCAAGGGGUCUUCAGAUUUUUUUUAAGUCUAUUUGUCUGAAUGUUAUUGAGCAAUGUUAUUUAAUUCCUCUUUCCACUGUAUGUACAUAUAUAUAUUAUAUUAAAGAUAAAAGAUAUGGUGCAUAUAUAUGAAUCGUUUAGAUCCAGCAUUAUGGUACUGUAUUGAGGACAGUGUGGUGAGAAUUGAAAUACUUUUGUUCAAUAAAAGUUUUGCAGAAUAAGUUAAAAGGA